ACACACGCACAACGGGCAACUUGACUUAGGCUCCUGGCGCAUGCGUGCUGUAAAAUUCACAUCAGAGGCGCAACUUCCGGUGGCGGACGAAAAUUUCAAAAUGCUACAGAAGUUAAUAGGACCUAGAUAUUUGACAAUUGCUAAGACGUGGGUCCCCACGAUGGCGGUCUGGGGCACCGUCGGUGGCGUAGCACUGGUCCAUUUGACAGACUGGAGGCUCUUUCUUGACUACGUGCCGUACAUUAACGGGAAGUUCAAGAAGGACGACUAAACGGCAUGUGGUUUAGUUAAAAAGAAGUGCUUCAGAAGUUCAGAAGUUGUUUGGGCUGGAGUGGAGAUUGAUCUGUCAGAGUGCCUCUGUCCCCCCUUUAACUUUAAAAAUAACUGACUUGAAACAAGCCUCCUGGCCCUGGAUCCCCGGGAAAAUAUAUUUCUGGAAAAAUGGAUCCAACAGCUGCAAAUGAUCUCACGCAACUGAGAUUAAAAAAUAAAUCAUGAAAGCCGGUGUAAGGGUAAUUUUCUUAUGACAAUGUGAAAUGUUAAAAGGGGCAUGUUCCCCUAACACUGGUCAUUGGCUUUUCUUUUAGUUCCACUUGUCUUUGAGAGGGGUUUUACCUCAGAAUUCUACAUUAUAUUGGUCCAAGAAAAGCAGAAACCAAAACCAAAGGAUGGUGGCUCUAUAGUCGCUGCGUGCUCGAGUGGCGUUUGCCCACAGUGGGUGGGGGGUCACCUUUGCAUUAGAGUGCUUGUCGUGUCUAGGAAACGACAGAAUUCUAAGUCCAAUCUCCAAUUUGCCGCAAAACAACUUCAUGCAGUUCUGCAGAAGUGGACCUCGAAUGCCAUUUUUACACCCAUUUUAUACACUCUUCUUAUCUUAACUCCUCCUAAAACAUCAGCUGACUUGGCAGCGCUACCUUCUCAGUUCUGAAACCAUGGUGGAAAAUCACCCUAUUUACUUUAAAAAAAUAAAUGCUUUUAAAUGGUAAA